GCGCUCGGGCGCGGCGGCGAGCGGAGCCGGAGCCGGGCAGAGCCGCGCCGAGCGGAGCCCAGCGCAGCCCUAAAGCCGGCCCGGCCCCGGCCGAGCCCCGCUGCCGCCGCCGCGAUGCUGGACCCGUCGUCCAGCGAGGAGGAGUCGGAGGAGCUGGUGGAAGAGGAGAGCGGGAAGGAGCCGCUGGCGCCCACCGCGGCGCGGCUCUCGCCCAGCCGCCCCGGCGAGGGCCCGGGGAGCGGCGGAGGUGCGAGCGGUGGGAGCGGCGGGGGGCUGCAGCCGGUCGGGCGCGGCAGUGGUGCGGCGCGGCCCGCCAGCCCCAGCCCCUCGGUGGCCAGCGAGAAGGAGAAGGACGAGCUGGAGCGGCUGCAGCGGGAGGAGGAGGAGAGGAAGAGGAAGCUGCAGCUCUACGUCUUCGUCAUGCGCUGCAUCGCCUACCCCUUCAAUGCCAAGCAGCCCACCGACAUGGCCCGCCGGCAGCAGAAGAUAAGCAAGCAGCAGCUCCAGACAAUCAAAGAUCGUUUCCAGGCCUUUCUCAACGGAGAAACCCAGAUCGUGGCAGAUGAAGCAUUUAUAAACGCUGUCCAGAGCUACUACGAGGUAUUCCUGAAGAGCGACCGCGUUGCCAGGAUGGUGCAAAGCGGAGGGUGCUCAGCGAAUGACUCCCGGGAGGUCUUCAAGAAGCACAUUGAGAAGAGGGUGCGGAGCCUGCCAGAAAUUGAUGGCCUCAGCAAGGAGACGGUGCUGAGCUCCUGGAUGGCAAAGUUUGAUGCUAUUUACCGUGGGGAGGAGGAUCCCCGCAAGCAGCAGGCCAGGAUGACGGCGAGCGCUGCCUCGGAGCUCAUCCUCAGCAAGGAGCAGCUCUACGAGAUGUUCCAGAACAUUUUGGGGAUCAAGAAAUUUGAGCAUCAGCUUCUGUACAAUGCGUGUCAGCUGGACAACCCAGAUGAGCAAGCGGCACAGAUCAGGCGUGAGUUAGAUGGACGUCUUCAAAUGGCAGAGCAAAUUGCCAAGGAGCGAAAGUUCCCGAAGUUUGUGUCCAAAGAGAUGGAAAACAUGUACAUCGAGGAGCUGAAGUCAUCUGUCAACCUCCUGAUGGCAAACCUAGAGAGCAUGCCUGUGUCUAAAGGAGGCUCUGACUUCAAGCUGCAGAAGCUGAAACGUAGUCACAACACCUCUAUAAUUGACAUGGGGGAAGAAAACGAGAACCAGCUUUCCAAGUCAGAUGUUGUGUUGUCAUUCUCUCUGGAGGUUGUCAUCAUGGAGGUGCAGGGUCUGAAGUCGCUGGCCCCCAACCGCAUUGUGUACUGCACCAUGGAAGUCGAAGGUGGGGAGAAACUGCAGACUGACCAGGCUGAAGCCUCAAAGCCAACCUGGGGCACCCAAGGUGACUUCACGACAACACACGCACUUCCUGCAGUCAAGGUGAAGCUGUUCACGGAGAGCACAGGGGUGCUGGCUCUGGAGGACAAAGAGCUUGGGAGGGUUGUUCUCCACCCUACUCCCAAUAGCCCAAAGCAAUCAGAAUGGCACAAAAUGACUGUUUCCAAAAACUGCCCGGAUCAAGACCUGAAGAUCAAGCUUGCCGUGCGAAUGGAUAAGCCUCAAAACAUGAAGCACUCUGGGUAUUUAUGGGCCAUUGGUAAAAAUGUUUGGAAGAGAUGGAAGAAACGAUUCUUUGUCCUGGUCCAGGUUAGUCAAUAUACAUUUGCUAUGUGCAGCUACCGGGAGAAAAAAGCUGAACCUCAAGAGCUGCUGCAGCUCGACGGAUACACUGUGGACUACACCGACCCGCAGCCAGGUUUGGAGGGCGGCAGAGCAUUCUUCAACGCUGUGAAGGAAGGAGACACGGUGAUUUUUGCAAGUGACGAUGAGCAGGACCGUAUCCUGUGGGUCCAAGCCAUGUACCGAGCCACCGGCCAGUCUCACAAACCUGUGCCGCCUACCCAAGUGCAAAAGCUAAAUGCUAAAGGAGGAAAUGUACCCCAGCUAGACGCCCCGAUCUCUCAAUUUUAUGCAGAUAGAGCUCAAAAGCAUGGCAUGGAUGAAUUUAUCUCUUCCAAUCCCUGUAACUUUGACCACGCUUCACUCUUUGAGAUGGUUCAGCGCCUCACUUUGGACCACAGACUUAAUGAUUCCUAUUCUUGUCUGGGCUGGUUUAGUCCUGGCCAGGUCUUUGUGCUAGAUGAGUAUUGUGCACGUAAUGGAGUGAGAGGCUGUCACAGACAUCUCUGCUACCUCAGAGAUUUGCUAGAGCGCGCAGAAAACGGAGCUAUGAUUGACCCCACCUUACUUCACUACAGCUUUGCCUUUUGUGCAUCACAUGUUCAUGGCAACAGGCCCGACGGGAUAGGAACUGUGACCGUAGACGAGAAAGAGCGUUUCGAAGAGAUCAAGGAGCGGCUCCGUUUGCUUCUGGAGAAUCAGAUCACGCAUUUUAGGUACUGCUUUCCAUUUGGCCGUCCAGAAGGUGCGCUAAAAGCUACUUUAUCGCUGCUGGAAAGGGUUCUGAUGAAAGACAUAGUUACUCCGGUCCCUCAAGAGGAGGUAAAAACAGUCAUCCGUAAAUGCUUGGAGCAAGCAGCUCUAGUCAAUUAUACUCGACUAUCAGAGUAUGCCAAAAUUGAAGGGAAAAAGAGAGAAAUGUAUGAGCAUCCUGUCUUCUGCUUGGCCUCUCAAGUGAUGGAUUUAACCAUUCAGAAUCAAAAGGACGCAGAGAAUGUAGGCCGGUUAGUCACACCAGCUAAAAAGUUAGAAGAUACAAUACGUCUGGCAGAGUUGGUAAUUGAAGUCCUACAGCAAAACGAAGAACACCAUGCAGAGGCCUUUGCUUGGUGGUCAGACCUAAUGGUUGAGCACGCGGAGACCUUCCUGUCACUGUUUGCAGUGGAUAUGGAUGCUGCGUUAGAGGUGCAACCCCCAGACACCUGGGACAGCUUUCCGCUCUUUCAGCUCCUAAACGAUUCCCUCCGUAGUGACUAUAAUUUGUGCAAUGGAAAAUUCCACAAACACCUCCAAGACCUGUUUGCUCCACUUGUUGUUAGAUAUGUCGAUCUGAUGGAGUCCUCAAUUGCACAGUCAAUUCACAGGGGCUUUGAGCGGGAGUCAUGGGAGCCAGUAAAGAGUUUAACAAGUAAUCUGCCCAAUGUGAAUCUACCAAAUGUGAAUCUCCCUAAAGUACCAAAUCUACCAGUUAACAUCCCGCUAGGCAUCCCACAAAUGCCUAGCUUUUCUGCACCGUCAUGGAUGGCUGCUAUUUAUGAUUCUGACAAUGGAUCAGGCACCUCGGAAGAUCUGUUCUGGAAACUUGAUGCCCUACAGACCUUCAUUCGGGAUUUGCACUGGCCUGAGGAGGAGUUUGGAAAACACAUAGAGCAACGCUUGAAGCUUAUGGCGAGUGACAUGAUCGAGUCCUGCGUGAAAAGAACCAGGAUUGCAUUUGAAGUAAAGCUGCAGAAAACCAGCCGAUCAACAGAUUUCCGAGUCCCUCAAUCAAUAUGCACCAUGUUUAAUGUCAUGGUGGAUGCCAAAGCUCAGUCAACAAAGCUUUGCAGUAUGGAAAUGGGCCAAGAGCACCAGUACCAUUCAAAAAUAGAUGAACUAAUUGAGGAAACCGUCAAAGAAAUGAUAACACUCCUAGUGGCAAAGUUUGUCACCAUUUUGGAAGGAGUCUUGGCCAAACUAUCUAGAUACGAUGAAGGAACUUUGUUUUCUUCUUUCCUGUCAUUUACUGUGAAGGCUGCUUCCAAAUACGUGGAUGUACCCAAGCCGGGGAUGGAUGUUGCUGAUGCCUAUGUGACAUUUGUCCGCCACUCUCAGGAUGUCCUGCGUGAUAAGGUCAAUGAGGAGAUGUAUAUAGAAAGGUUAUUUGAUCAAUGGUACACCAGCUCGAUGAAUGUUGUCUGCACCUGGCUGACAGACCGCAUGGACCUGCAGCUUCACAUCUACCAACUGAAAACUCUCAUUAGGAUAGUAAAGAAGACAUACCGGGAUUUCCGAUUGCAAGGCGUGCUGGACUCCACCUUGAACAGCAAAACCUACGAGACCAUCCGGAACCGGCUGACGGUAGAGGAGGCCACAGCAUCAGUCAGUGAAGGCGGAGGGCUCCAGGGCAUCACCAUGAAGGACAGCGAUGAGGAAGAUGAAGAGGACGACUAGGGAUGCUGGCCCGGAGGACCGGCUGGGGGUCGCCUGGUAUCCGUGCAUGUACCUCGUCUGUAACUCAGUUAGCCACAUUAGGAAUUUUUCUGUCAGCUCUAAAUGCCCAUGAGAAGUUUACCAAUACAAAUGCCAUGUUAGCUGUGUGGUAAUAAGAUUAGCACCUCUCUUUGAUUCAUCGGUUUCCUAAGUUCAUAUCUAUAUGUUCAUAAGCAAUAUGGAGCACCGUUGUUUAAUACUGUUAAUGGAAAAAAAAACUACAUAGAAAACAUGCUAGGUGUGUCCCUGUUAUAAUUAAAGUUUAAACAAUGCUUCAUUAAUGUACUGUAUAUACAUUGAUGGUAAAUUGUUGUGAAGAUGAGUGACUCGAGUCCUUUCAUUUCUUUGUUUCUCUUCUGUGGAUGCCAACUGCUUAAAAUUAAUAAAAUAAAAAGAGGAAAAAACCAGCUUUGUUUUUAAAAGAAGAACAAGGCAAUUACAAAUGAUUUCUUUUUUUUUGUUCUCUCUGUUCAUUUACAAACCAGAAAACAAACAAACCCAGACAGCCGUUUGAAUCAUUCCGCAUCCUUGUUAAUGUACCAGGCUCUUCCCUUCAAUAUGCAGUUAACUCCAUAGAGGCUACAUCCCAAAGGAUUAGUCAUUCUAAUUGCCACACCAGAUUAAUCCUAUCAUUAUGGAUAUAUCAUGCCACAUUACAAGUCCAAAGCAGUUGUUUUAUGUUGACGUUUGCUCCUCUGAAUGUUACAUUUUUGUUUCAAAUCUCCAAUAACUGUGGAUGUACAAAGACAACUUUAAUUACAAUCUCAGACUAUACAAAUGUGUUUAUAAUAAUAUAUUGACUAUUUAUUUCAGUAGAUUGUAACCAUAAUUUACAAUCCCUCUGUUUCACAAUGGUUUUUAUAUAUGUCAUGUACAUUGCAUUUUGACCAGUAACUGCAUGUCCAUCUGUCCCUCCUCUGGAGCUUUUACUUUCUGUGUAAAAUAGUGAUCCAUCUUGCUUUUUUUGCCUUAUACAAGCCGACAGUUGUAAAAGUGUGAGAACUGUGGCUUCUCAAUAAAUAACUAUUCAGAUGUCCUAAGAAUAAAUUAUGGAGUCUUUUUAUGUCUGCCUUUUAGAAAAAAAAUAAAUCAAUUACAAGCUGAGAUGUAAGAGCCCCCACCUCUCAGAAUAAAGGCAUUUUCUUUUCUCA